AUGGCUUCCAGUCAUAUCAAUGUGCUCAUCACAAGCUUCAGUGGUCUCGGCCUGCCGAAGACGCUGUGCUUGCCUCUGCCACCCUCGGCAUCCGCCCGUGACCUGUGGAGCGAGUUGGACGGUCGCAUCUCACAGGACCUAGAUGACGAAACCUUUGGCUCCCUGGUGCUCACUACGAAUGCGAAUGUCGGCAUUCCUCACCUCGCCCGCCUUCCCAUCUCCGCUUUCGCCACACCAGAAGAUGACCUUCUUCCCCUCCGUCUCUCAUAUCCCACCCUCGGCGGAAAGGGUGGCUUCGGCUCGCAACUCCGUGCCGCUGGAGGGCGCAUGUCUUCCAAGCGCAAGAAGAACCGGGGUGACGAAAACGGCUCGAGCAGGAACCUCGACGGUCGGAGGCUGCGCACGGUGACAGAGGCGAAGGCGCUGGCUGAGUUCCUCGCCAUCAAGCCGGAGAUGGAGCAGAAGGAGAAGGAAAAGCGAAGAGAGCGGUGGACAGCCAUUGUCGAGGCUGCUGAGCGGCGCGAGGAGGAGAUCAAGAACGGCAACAAGGGCCGGCUGGACGGCAAGUGGGUCGAGGACAAGGAGGAGGCCGGCGAGCGGACACGAGAUGCUGUCCUCGCUGCUAUGAAGUCAGGAAGCUACAAGGACAAUCUCCUUGGAACAUCGGAAGGAUCCUCAUCGGCCUCGGCUGAGGCGAUGGAGGAAGAUUCGGACGACGAGGAGGCAGAUGCAGGAGAGGGAAGCUCGGGAGCGACGACACCAGUCUCGGAAAAGGGCAAGGGCAAGGAGCCCGCGAAUCCAAAGGGCAGCGCCAAACCCAGGUCGUUCUUUGGUUUCGAGGAAGAUGAUGAGUUCAUGAGUUCUGAUGAGGAGGGUGAGGGCGUGGCUGGAAAGAAAUAA